AUGAAGUGCUUGCUCAAUAAAGGACACUUUCAAGGAAACCCAUUUCAAUUUACUGCUAAAGAUUCUAAUCUUGUUAGAACCGCUUCCCUCAAUUUUGGUAGAGACCACUUUCAUCUUCUAAGUACCUAAGUAGGGGUAAGGCCUGAACACAAUACACUGCAACGGUUUCUCUUAUCUUGCGGUGGUUCUUCAACGCCGUGGGCUGAAGGGGAGUGUGUUCUUGUAAAAACACUCCAACGCUCAAGUCAGCAAGGGUUUGGGUAUGAGAGCUGCCGUAUGUGUAGAUAGGAAUUUUUAGUACUGAAUCCACUCCUCCUCUGUCCUUUUUGUGGACUUAAGGAUUCGAAUGAGUGUCUUGAUAAUGAACUCAUUUUUAUAUUGGUGAUUUAACGGUAUUUUAAGUGGCAAUGGUAAUUCAGGCACUAGUUUUUUUUUUUAGUAAAUUCCUUGUUGUGAGGGAAAACAAUAUUUAUCCACAAGUGUAUUUUACAAUUGACUUUGCUCUCAGAUUCUUGUCUCGAAAAGAUAUUGGAGUUACUGUGGCAUUUGGAUGUCCGAGCUUAGAUAGGAAAGUGAUCAACUCAGGAAAGCGCCUGAGAGCAUAUGUGGGUAUUGAUGAGGGAAAUAAGUUGUAUGACUGGUGCUUUGAUCAGGUAUGCAGCGCUUGCAAUUUGAGGGGGGACUGUGAAAGGGCAUUUGUGAAGGCACGUGAAGAUGAAGGUGGAAGAACAGUGGAUGUUAUGCGCAUCAUUUUGACUCAUGGGCUUGACCCCGUUAUUGGUUCAGUGGAGAACAAAUCAUGUCUAACUAGAAAGGUAGAAGAAUCUGUUAGAAGACUGCUGAAAGAAAUAGUAGAGCAUAGUGCUGAAGACGAAAAUUCUAAUUUUCCAGACACAACAAGGGUUGCCAUUGGACAUGUGCAUCUCAAUCCGCAAAACAAGGGCAAAAUAGAUGUUCCAAUGAAGCAAGGAGACUGGGUUUGCCCCAAAUGCAAUUUCAUCAACUUUGCAAGAAAUAUCAAGUGCUUGCGCUGUGACUGCUUCUUUGAGGAAAGAAUCAAGCAAUUGCAAGAGGAUAACAAUCACCUACCUUUGAAGAAGGGAGACUGGAUAUGCAAUAAAUGCAACUUCCUAAAUUUUGCAAGAAAUACAAGAUGUUUACAAUGCAAAGAGAGACCUUCCAACCGUCACCUUAAUCCGGGGGAGUGGGAAUGUGACUCGUGCAACUACCUUAAUUUCAGAAGAAACAUGGUUUGCCUGAAAUGUGAUCAUAGACGACCGAUAGUGUCAAAGGCUUCAAACUCUUCUCUUCAACCUCAACAAGAAGAUGAAGACCACCAUAAGAAUAGCAAAUUCACUUUUGUGGUACACCAGGAUGAUAGUAGAGACAAAUCACCAAUGGUGUUUGAAAGAAUGAACAAGAAGAGAGAUUCACCUAUGUGGAGAUUUGUAGAGGAGAGAAAUGAAAAUAGCAAAUUCUUAAGCAAGUCAAAUGACCCUUCUCAGUUUGUAGAUUUUCGUAUUACUGGAGGUAAGACUGAGUUGUCUGAGGCACAAAAGAGAGAAGCAUACAAGAAAGAGUUGCCAAAUCGGUGCACAAGGCCUUUAUGGCAAGGUGAAACUGAUGAUGAGUUUUGUUCUUCUGAUAACCAUAGUACUGAUGAUGAGUUUUGUUCUGCUGAUAAUCAAAAUACUGACGAUGAAGAGAUGGAGGAAUGGUUUGGAAAAGGUAAGAUUGAAAGGUAGGAUUCCAGAAAGAAUGACUUUGAUCCUAUGUAUUGAUAUUUGUUCGAGGCAAGAAUCUUUUUGUCACAUACCCAUGUUAAAAUGUGUAAAAUACUUGUUAGGUUCUU